GCUUGCUCACAAAUAGUCGCUAUCAGUGCCUAUAAAUAUGAUUGAGGGCGACUCGAAAGCGAACAGUCGAGCAUCGAAGCAAUAUCAAAGCUGUGAAGCAUUCUCACCUUUUUCCAACAAACAAACUAAACGAAAUGGGCUGCAAGGGUUGUCAAAAUAACUGCAAGUGUUCGUCGGAGAAAUGUGGCGACAACUGUGCCUGCAACAAGGACUGCAACUGCGUUUGCAAGAAUGGUUCCAAGGAUCAAUGCUGCAGCAAGAAGUGAAGGAUCAAUGUGAAUCCAAUUAAAUAACUAGUAUGUGAUGGGCCCAUAGUUCUCAACAGUAUUAAAACCAUUUACAAAUUUGUGAAACCAAAAUGCAAUAAAGUUUUGUUUUCAACAUUAUUAUUAUGAAA